UGACGUCACUCGUACUGUGCAGUUCGUAUCGUGUCUGUUUGUUCCGUGCGUGCUGUUUGCUUGCUUGCAUUCGUACGGUAAAACUUCUGCCUGCAGCAGUGUUGAGAAGGAGCAAAGUGCACUACUUUUUCCCAAAUUGAGCGGUCGCAUUUGGUGGUGUAGAGGGGAAGAUAGUGAUUUUCAGUGCUUUUGACUGUGACUGUGUGAUGGAUUCCAAAAACUAUUAGUCCAACCAAACCGUCCAUUUUUCUUCACUGUUCCAUCCGACGAGACGGGAUGGAAUUUGCUGGGUUGUCGUCGUCGGUGUAAGGAGCGUGAAGAGGAAGAGCAGGAAUACGAAACGAAGCAGGCCUACACUUCUUGUGUUGGGUCGUCGUCGUUGGGUGCAACUUCGAUCCGCGAUUUCUCUUCAUUGGCGGCGGCGGUGGAGUGCCAUCCACUGCGUGCGAAUGUGUUUGUGCUAUAUCUGACCAGCCACACGACACGGUUCUAACUUGCACUGGUAGUGGUGCGGUAGUGACUGCUGUCAAAAAAUUGUCAUUCUGAUGGAGUUUUUUGUCUACUGUUUUGUAGGUUUCUCUUGCACAAUCUUUUUCCCCCUGUAAGCUGUAUAUUUUCUAAAAAGGAUUAUUACUGAUUCCAUGUGCACAGUGAUUAGUGGUGUAUCGUGAUAGCAACGGUUCGUGAAGUGCGGUGAUAGCAGUAUAUUUUUCGAUAAUAUCUUGGCAAGAAUCUUUUUUUUUUCUUUUCUCCAACAAAAGUUCAAUCCGAGAAGUUCGGAGCGAAUGUGUGCGUGCGUGUGAAUUGCGAAAGGAAGCAAAGAAUAGAAAAUAAAACGGUGCCCCCGUUGCGUUGGUGUUUGUGCCAAGCCCCGUGUUGGGUGAAGAAGCUGGGAAGCAUAUUCCAAGUCGUCAAAAAGAGCCCAUCAUCGAAAAAGGGAGAUUCCCGAGUGUGCGAAGUGUGUGACGAAUAGUAAUUCUCGAGGGCCAUCUACGUAGUGCUAGAAAUCUAGAUCUCGGAAUUCUACAAUCCAGAAGUAUCUUUCCUGCGGAGGCGGCUGCUAACCGAGCCUAAUUUCGGUGGUCCACGGAUACAAGCCAGCAAAAUAGACGACAACGGCAGCAGCAGUUGCACUAGCAACAGCAGCACCGAGAUGAUGAAAAUGGAGACCGAUAAAAUUAUGGACGAUCCUCCGAACAACAGCGGCCCACAGUUCACCACCUCGAUACUGUACGAUCCGGCGCGGAAGAAAGAACCUUCGCAGUCAUUCCAAACCGAACGUGAUGCCUGUCUCUCCUAUUUCGCCAAAUGGAACGAAGCAGAUCAGGUGGACUUUGUCGAGCAGCUCCUGUCCCGCAUGUGCCAUUACCAGCACGGACACAUAAACGCCUACCUGAAACCGAUGCUGCAGCGGGACUUCAUCACACUAUUACCAACCAAGGGACUGGAUCACGUGGCCGAAAAUAUCCUCUCCUACCUGGACGCCAAAUCGUUGUGCCGAGCGGAACGCGUGUGCAAAGAAUGGUCUCGCGUCAUAUCGGAGGGCAUGCUGUGGAAGAAGCUGAUAGAACGGAACGUCCGUACCGACUCCCUCUGGAGGGGUCUCGCCGAGCGCAAAGGGUGGAUCAAAUACCUGUUCAUACCGCGACCGGGCGUGACACAUCGGCCGCACAAAUUCUACCGGGAGCUGUUCCCGAAGAUCAUGAAGGACAUCGAAGCGAUCGAGAACAACUGGCGCACGGGAAAUCACAACCUGCAGCGGAUAAAUUGCCGAUCGGAGAACUCGAAGGGUGUCUACUGUUUGCAGUACGACGACGACAAAAUUGUAUCCGGCCUGCGGGACAAUACCAUCAAGAUUUGGGACCGCAACUCGCUCCAGUGCUGCAAGAUCCUUACCGGUCACACCGGCUCGGUGCUGUGCCUCCAGUACGACGACAAGGUCAUCAUCAGUGGUUCCAGUGACUCCACUGUGCGCGUGUGGGACGUCAACAGCGGCGACAUGGUGAACACUUUGAUACAUCACUGCGAAGCGGUGCUGCAUUUACGGUUCAACAAUGGCAUGAUGGUGACCUGCUCGAAGGAUCGCUCGAUUGCCGUGUGGGACAUGACAUCACCGACGGAGAUUGCCUUGCGGCGGGUGUUGGUUGGCCAUCGGGCGGCGGUCAACGUGGUUGACUUUGACGAGAAGUACAUCGUGUCGGCGUCCGGCGACCGCACGAUCAAGGUUUGGAACACUUCGACGUGUGAGUUUGUGCGUACCCUCAACGGUCACAAGCGUGGCAUUGCGUGUCUUCAGUACCGGGACCGGCUGGUCGUCAGCGGUAGUUCAGAUAAUUCUAUAAGACUUUGGGAUAUUGAGUGCGGUACCUGUUUGCGGAUUUUGGAGGGCCACGAGGAACUCGUCCGCUGCAUUCGGUUUGAUUCGAAGCGCAUUGUGAGCGGAGCGUACGAUGGCAAGAUUAAAGUGUGGGAUCUCCAAGCUGCCUUAGACAUUCGAGCGCAAACCAACACGCUGUGCUUGAAGACGCUAGUGGAACAUACGGGCCGCGUAUUCCGGCUUCAGUUCGAUGAGUUCCAGAUUGUGAGCAGUUCCCACGACGACACCAUCCUGAUAUGGGACUUCCUCAACUGUUCCCAGAAGGAGGAAACCUCCACGCCCCAAACAUUGGUCCAGGUGGGCCGAAGUCCAUCACGUGAGUAUUCCUCCUCUUCCGCUGCUGGUGGCCGUGCUCAGCCUCAGCAGGAGACUGACGACGACGAUGCAUAUUGAAUGUGUAUAACCUAGCAAAAGCAACAGUCGACCGUUUAAACAUUUGACAGCAUUAACUGCAUAAUCGAACUUGAAAUCUUAGCUUGCAACGGAAAAUCCAACCAACAGUUAAUAAACAAUGAAUACUAGCAAAGCACGCAAACCACAUUCGAACCAACACACAAACACACACACAUAGAAAAUCAAAAGUCAACCAUUUCGCUUACUGUUGUUUUUCUCUUUUCUCCUUCACCCUGACCUCUGAUGCGUUUUUUCUCGUUUACGUUCGUUCGUUCGUUCGUUCGGGUGUACUGUGCGGCACGGGAUCGUUGAAACACAAAACAAACAACCAUACUAAUAUAGCCGAACUCACGUAAGGAUCUCUACGCGGUCCGUAGAGUCCUCUGUUUGAACCUCACCACAAUAACCCAUUGUGUAGCGGCGAAGCAAACAAAA